GUUGGCGCGAUAAUCCUCCGCGACACUAAGCAUCUCAGUCGCUUAAGCCUCACGCCUCGCAUAAAACCCCCAACGUCAGCACGCGUUGAAUGCCCCGAGAGUUCCCAUUAUCAAACUUCACGUCGCAUCUUGGUCGAUCAAGGACUGUGCCGCGCCUAUCUCAAUGGCACCAGAAUCGUCAAUGCACAUCCGGCCAGCGACCACGGUAGACGCAGAUGCCAUCGCCGCCGUACAUUAUGCAGCCCUCGAGCAGUUUCACGACUUCUAUGGAGCUUUCUUCGAGCGCCAUCCGAGGGAUAUCCUCCCACUUUCAACGCGACUCGCUUUGAAGAAUCCCAAAAACCAUUUCCUGGUUGUUGUCGCACCCGACACAGAUGCCGUCGUGGGUUUCAUCAGAUACCACGUCGUCGAUGCGACAGAGCCGCCUGCUGCAACCACACUGGAGAAGCCCACGGAAAGUGCGGAUACCGAACCCACCGUGCCGUCCAUUUUCGCAAUCAAACCUCAUAUGAAAGAUUUGUGGGAGCGCUUCGGCCACCAAAGAGAGGAAGAGAUGGAUGAAUGUUACGAAAAGGCAGUAGAUGGACGGAAACAUAAUUAUGUGAAGAACAUAAUGGUGGACCCUCAUCAUCAAAGAAAGGGCAUUGGAGCAAAGUUGCUCCAGUCAGUCAUCGAUAUCAGUGAUGCUAAGAAGAUUCCGACUUUCCUUGUUGCUUCGGCUGAAGGAUAUGGACUGUACAAGAAGUUGGGCUUUGAGGACCUUGGAACCUGGACCAUCGAUAACGACUACUGGUCUAAGGAAAUUGCUCGACAUGAGGGCGAGCUUGGAAUCAUGGGCAAUGAGGGCUUGGCGCAAACGUAUCGGGAGACACAUGAGGUCGAGAAGUACAUGAUGAGAUGGAUCAUUGCUUCUCAAUGAUCCGGUAGCCUUAUCCGCUGCCUUCAUAAAGUUGGAACGCGAAUUGAGAAUAGAUGGGCGCUACUCUGAGUAUUGAGACUGGCAAGCAAGUAAUACUGUUUCGCCAGAAAAUGUAAUUACCAUUGGUAGCAUGAUCAUGGCAAUCUCUGCCUAGGAUUGCGAAAGAUGCACAGCCUUAUCUACCACUGGGCUUUCCAUCGAUCAGAAGGACUGUAUUCUGCUGAUUUCUUGCC